AUGAACGUGAACGAAAUCUUCGGCAAAUUUUGCCUCAACAAAUUAUUCAUCAUUUUAACAACGAAAACGAACCUCAUUUUCCUGUUUGAUCUUGAUGAUUUUAUCAAAAAGUUCUUCGGAUAUUGGAUUUCGAUACAGGGAACUCUUAAAAGUCAGGAUCAAGGUUAUCAACAUUCAACCAAGGCCAUCAAAAAACUCCGAAGAUUGAUUCAAUUUUCACACAUUCUCCUGGCACAAGAUUACGACGUGUCGAGUAUACAAUGUUCGUUUGCCUCACAGAAUCCUCUUGCGGGAGAUUUUAUUUCGGCGAAACUGACAAAACCUCUGGGAUUUAAAGGUUCGCCUAUUUUUGCGGAUGAUCGGGGAGUUGAUCCUGAAGCUGAUCCUUUUUGUCGAAUAAAACCCGAUCGAAGUGAUCCAACAGAUCUUAAUUUCGAUCUUCGUAUUACUGAUUUCACUCGCUGUGGAGUCCUGAAGCGAAAUGGAUUUGUCCAUGUUCGAAUCUGGUUUCCGCAAUUUCCUUCGGUUGUGAUGCAAUCCGAUCAGGAACUCAUCAUAAUGUGUAAGCCUCCAGAGCCAACUGUUAUUCAGAAUAAAGCUGCUGGGUUUGCUGGAAGUUUUCCUCAUGGCGCUCGUGUCUCUGGCGUGGUAGAAGAAACACCCGGAAGAUUGGAAUAUGAGGUUGCUUUGUAUAAAGAAGCUCCUCCAAUUGCUCGUUUGAGUGGCAUCAAUGACAAACCGUCGCAUUUGAGAAAUCAUUCGACGACUAUUGCUCCUCAUCACUUGAAAAAUGACGAAGUUCCUGUCGAUCAAGCUGUUCCAAUUGGCACAAAAUUGCAAUUACGAGCGAGAAUCAGUUCGGCAAGUGUUUGGAAAUACGUGAAAUUAAUGGAAGUAACUGUCUCUCCAGAUCCCGAAGAUCCGCAUGCACGAGGAGCUGUUUCGUUGGUUCGCGAUGGCUGUCGAAAUCGAGAUUUUGCUUCGAUUAUUCCUCAUCAACCGGCAAGAUAUCGCGAUCGACCGAACGAAGUAUUUUUGGAUUUUGAAGCGUUUUUGUUGAGUACUAUGAAGGAACGGAGUACUCUUUGGAUUCAUUCUCAAAUCAAAGCAUGCAUGGAUGCCACAGAUUGUCAACCAGAUUUCUGCUUAGAUCUGUACGAGCCAACAGGUAGUAACAAAAUUUUCCCGCCAAAAAUGAGAUCUAACGAUUUUUUUUUUAAUUUUUAAGGACAUGGUCGUCGAAGAAGAGCAACAGAUCGUAAUUCCACGGAAUACACUCGUUUCAAGGAGAAUAUCGCUUAUAGCGUAACAAUGCCCGGUGAAGAAAGCAACGGUCCAAUGAGCAUCAAACAAAGUUACGAACAAUGCAAAAAUGUGGUUGGCGUUUCAGGAGUUUUGGCAGCGUUACUUGCUUUGUCAACAAUUAUCACAUGUCGCUUAGCAUCUAAACUACACAGCACCAAAAAACCAUACAACGACCAUCAUCACAUCACACCGACAACGCAACACAUGCAUCAUCAACAUUAUAAUCAUCAGAGGUCGAGAUGCGGAGGUUAUGCGGGAAGAGCGAUUGUUCAAUAA